UUUGCUAGAACAAAAUACUAGAAUCCAUAACAUAUAACAGAAUAUAGGGGCCAACAAAGUUAGAGAAUAUGGAACUGGAGAAUAAAAACCAAGUCCAAGUUUCAAAUGCAGACCAACAAAAUGGAGGAACCAAUUUUUUCAAAACAUGUUUCAAUGUACUCAAUACCUUAAUAGGCAUUGGAAUACUGUCAAUGCCGUAUGCAGUUUAUCAAGGAGGAUGGUUGAGUUUUUUGCUGCUGAUUAUAUUUGGGAUGAUAUGUUGCUACACAGCUUUACUUUUGGAUAGGUGUAUGAAUGCAAAUCCAGGAAUUAAAUCCUAUGGUGAUUUAGGUGAGGCUGCAUUUGGAUACAAAGGAAGAGCUACAUUAGCUAUAUUCAUAUACAUAGAGUUGUUUUUAGUAGCUGUGGAGCUUCUUAUAUUAGAAGGUGACAAUUUGGAGAAGCUUUAUCCAAAUAUGAUAUUCACAAUCUUUGGACUUAGAAUUGGUGGUAAAAGUGGUUUUGUUAUUCUCACUGCCUUUGCAAUAUUACCAACAACAUGGUUGAGAAACUAUGGAGUUCUAGCCUAUGUUUCUAUUGGUGGGGUGUUUACUUGUGUUAUUUUGAUUGGAUGUGUUGUGUGGGUGGGUGAAGUUGAUGGUGUAGGGUUUCAUCAAAGAGGUGUGUUGCUAAAUUUGGGAGGUUUGUCUACUUCUAUGAGCCUUUUUGCAUUUUGUUACAAUGCUCAUGCAUUAAUCCCCACAAUACGCAAUUCCAUGACCGACACAAAACUAUUUUCCAAGGUUUUGGUUGUUUGCUUUGGUGCAAGCGCAAUAAUUUACGGAACUAUUGCGGUUUUAGGCUACAUGAUGUUUGGAGAUAAAUUAAAGUCUCAAAUCACAUUAAAUUUACCAACUAACACUAUAAGCACAAAAAUAGCAAUCUAUUCCACCAUAAUUAACCCUUUCACUAAGUAUGCUAUUAUAAUAAGUCCAAUAACAAUUGCUAUUGAGGAAAAAUGGCAUGUAUGCAUGACAAGGCCUAUUAGCAUUGUAGUUAGAACAUCUAUUGUUGCUAGCAGUGUACUUGUGGCAUUAUACAUUCCCUUUUUUGCAUACAUCAUGGCAUUUAUGGGUGCAUUCUUGAGUGUUGCAAUCUCCUUAUUGUUCCCUUGUCUUUGCUACCUAAAGAUAAACAAAGGUGCUAAGAGAUUUGGGUUAGAGAUGAUGAUCAUCAUGGGAAUUCUUAUCAUUGGUACAUUGAUUGGAAUCUUUGGUACAUACAUCUCAGUUCAGAAAAUAGUUAAUCAGAUGAAACAUUAAUGCUAACAUUAAUGCUAACUGUUGUAACUAAUAUUGAUUCUUCCAAUCAUGAGUUAUAAUAUUUACAUCGGUCAAAGAACGCAAAAUGAGUUAAAAUACAUUGUUAUAUUUUUGUAUGUUUUUUUGUAACUUAAUUUAAUGUUGACCUUAUAAGCAAAGGGUCCAAUUUUCUCUGACACAAUUUUAUUUCUUGCCUCAUUUUUAUUUGAAAAAUACUAUUUUGAGACUACACCGUAUACACUGUACUCACAAAUACGACGUGAACAAUAUUUUUAUAUUAUUUUAAUU